GAAUAUGACGCGUUGGCCGGUUGUUUUUGAAAAUCUUAUUCUCUCGGAAAGAUGGCGACAGCUGACGAGUCUGUGAGAAUCUUGCUGGAGCUGUGUGACAGCGCGGCGGUCUCUCUGCACACUGUGCCGGAUAAACAUGACAAAGUCGAGGUUCUGUUGGGAUACUUCGUGGACAGCUGCAGGAAGAACAAGCUGCUGUGCCGUCAGCUGCAUGUGCUGGACUCCCUCCUGUCUGUGCUUGAAACCAUGGACCCCCAAAACCUGGACCAAGACCCCCAAGACUUCCGUGCAAGUGAGAAGGAGAUGCACGAGAUGUGGAAGGGUUUGAAAUGUCAGUUCCAAGAGGAGAGGCUGCAGAACGAGGCCCAGAUCGCUGUGGCUCUGGAGAAGGGGAGGCAACUGCAGGAGGCCAGGCGAGCCCUCGAGGAGCUGCUGCACAAACUGGAGCUGAAGAAAGCGAAGUUUGAAGAAAACCAGCAAAGUCAAAUAGCAAAGCAGCAGCAGGACAAGGACAGGGUGCAGUAUUUUCUGCAGCGGAGGGAGGAGCUGGAGGCUGCAGUGGAGCAGGGCAGGAGGAACCUGCAGCGCUGUGAGGAGAGCGUCCUGCAGCUCGCACAGGAAGUGCAGGACAUGCAGAGGCAGGUUGUCCAGGACACCAGGGAGCUCAACAGGACUCUGGAGCUGCAGGGAGUGAGGAUCCUGUCCCUGAGCGAGGACGGCAUCACUGUGCAGCUCCUCACCUCCUCGCACACAGAACCACUGCACAUGAGCCUGCACUGGAGAGGGGACGAGACGCUGCACGUGCAGAUGAGCAGCGCAGGGGCGGGGCUGUGUGAGGCCAUGCUGCUGCGGGAGCCGCUGGAGGACAUGAAGAGCGUGAUCCUGGAGGCACUGCACUGUUACAGCAGCCAGGCCAGCCUGCUAUCUGACAUACAGCGGCUGCAGGGCAGGUUUGCUAUCGACUGGCAAGCCGCAGAUAGGAGGCUGUUGUUUCUGAAGUCCAGCUCUGUGGUCUGCACCCUGUCCUUGGGGGAGUGGUUCCCCUCUCGUUGGCAAAUCCAGCUGGUCUCGGUGCAGGGCAGGGCACAGCCUGUCGACCCGGCUUCACUCAGGCCUCCACAGCUGAACCCCUCUCUCCAGGACUGGUUGGAGUUUCUCAGUUCCUCUCCUGAUGUCUGAGUGUCUCUUCCAGCCCCCUCGAAACUGCCCUCCUCUUGUAAACGUUUUUGCUGAAAUAAUAAAGUAUUUUUCUGUGUAUUUUUA